UACUGUCACUUACUUUUAAGUAUAAGUAAUGAAAUUUUGUUAAUAUGAAAAUUGAAAAUAUGUCUUGUUUAUACAAAAUAUAAUUUGUAUUCAUUGGUCAUUUUUUCAUGAAUGAAUUAAUUUGUUAUUAAAAUUUUAAUUAUAUAUUCAUAUUUAUAUGAUAUAAAUGAUGACACAUUUAAUUCGAUAUUUAAGUUCUGACAUUGACUAUACUACUUGCUAAACCGGGAUAUAAACCGGUUUGAGAAUCUUUUGCUAUUUUCUUUGUCACACGUUCGGUAAACAAGAACGUAGAAAUCACUCAAAAACAAGAACCACGAACCAGCUGUCAGCUGAGACAAACAAAAAUCUCAGAUUAAUCAAACUCGACCCACCAAUAGUACCCGCCUUUCCCCCACCGGCGACAACGAUGAAUCGGGCCAUCUUAAUCCCAUUCCUCUUCUCCUCCCUUCUCUCCGGCGUCUCCCUCGCCAAACCCAGCAUCUCCGUCACUCCGACCCUCCUCAAUCGCUCCGGCGACGUCGUCACCGUCUUCUGGUCCAAUGUCGACUCCCCUUCCAAUCUCGAUUGGGUCGGAAUAUACUCCCCGCCCGACUCCCGCCCCGACCACUUCAUCGGCUACAAGUUCCUCUCUUCCUCGCCCGGUUGGGAAUCCGGGUCGGGUUCCCUCUCCAUACCCAUCACAAACCUCCGAUCCAACUACUCCUUCCGGAUCUUCCGCUGGACGGAGGACGAGAUCAACGUCAAGCGCCAGGAUCACGACCAGAACCCGCUUCCGGGCACAAAGCAUCUGCUGGCGGAGUCCGAAAAGAUAGUCGAGUUCGGGUCAAGGAACGGGCCGGAGCAGAUCCACUUGGCUUUUACCGACGCUGUGGAUGAGAUGAGGGUGAUGUUUGUCGCCGGAGACGGAGAGGCGAGGAAGGUCAGGUGGGGGGAAGAGGACGGUCAGUGGAGUCACGACGCGGCGGCGCGUGUGGCCAGGUACGAGCGAGAGGAUAUGUGCGAUUCGCCUGCGAAUAGCUCCGUUGGGUGGAGAGAUCCUGGGUGGAUUUAUGAUGGGGUUAUGAAGAAUUUGAAGAAGGGUUUCAGAUACUAUUAUCAGGUUGGGAGUGACUCAAAGGGCUGGAGUGCAACUCAAACCUUUGUGUCAAGGGACAAAGACUCGGACGAGACAAUAGCUUUCCUGUUUGGAGAUAUGGGAACUUCUGCACCAUAUGCAACAUUCAUCCGUACGCAAUCUGAAUCCAUAUCAACAGUAAACUGGAUCCUCCGCGACAUGGAAUCUCUAGGUGAGAAGCCUGCUUUCGUCUCUCACAUUGGCGAUAUAAGCUAUGCAAGGGGCUACUCCUGGAUAUGGGACCAUUUCUUCACUCAAAUUGAGCCCAUUGCAUCCAAAUUGGCCUACCAUGUUUGCAUUGGCAAUCACGAGUAUGAUUGGCCAGCACAACCAUGGAAGCCUGAUUGGGCUUCUGGCACCUAUGGAACUGAUGGAGGUGGUGAGUGUGGUGUUCCUUACAGCUUGAAAUUCAACAUGCCUGGAAACUCUUCAGAGCCAACUGGAAUGCGAGCGCCACCAACUCGAAACCUUUACUACUCUUUCGAUUUCGGGACCAUUCAUUUUGUUUACAUAUCAACCGAAACAAACUUCCUUCGAGGGAGUCAACAGUACGAGUUCAUAAAAAAGGAUCUCGAAUCAGUCAACCGGACCAAGACCCCUUUCGUUGUUUUCCAAGGGCACAGGCCGAUGUACACUACGAGCAAUGAGGUUAGAGAUGCACCGAUGAGGCAGAAAUUGCAAGAGCAUUUGGAACCACUACUCGUGAGCAACAACGUGACCAUGGCUUUGUGGGGUCAUGUGCAUAGGUAUGAGAGGUUUUGUCCGAUGAAUAACUUCACAUGUGGGGAGAAGGGGCUUCCAGUUCAUGUAGUGAUUGGGAUGGCUGGUCAAGAUUGGCAACCGACUUGGGAACCUAGACCGGAGCACCCUGAUAUGCCAGUUUUCCCUCAACCAGAGAGAUCACUGUAUAGAGGAGGGGAGUUUGGGUAUACGCGACUGUUUGCUACAAGGGAGAAGCUCACAUUGUCUUAUGUUGGGAACCACGACGGGCAAGUGCAUGAUACAGUGGAGAUUCUUGCGUCGGGUGAAGUCAUAAGUGGGAAUGAUGGUCAGAGCGAUACCAUGAAAGACCGUGUUGGCAUGGGAAGCCAAGCUCCGGCAGCAGGACCAGGCGCAGGAGAAUUUAUGGUGUCGAAGUAUGUGAAGGGGGCAAGCAUCCUUGUCCUGGGGGCUUUCAUUGGCUACAUUGUUGGGUUCAUUUCACAUGCCAGGAAGCAGAAUCCUCCAAAAGGCGAAUGGACUCCUGUGAAAAGCGAGGAGACAUGAUACUACUAUAUAAUUAUAUCUUUCGCGCAAUGCCGGAAUCCUGUUGCCGUGAAUGUGACUCUAUCUAUUGCAGGUUUUCCGAAGGUUUUUGGUGUAUUGCAGCUGUUACUCUUCUGCAACCCUAUUUGUGUUCUGUAAAUAGUCGUCCUCCACUGUAUCAUCUGGAAGAGUGGAAGUAGAUGGGGGAGUUUGGUUGAAUG